GUGAAGUUAGACAUAUCCGUAGCAACGAAGUUAGUAACGAAGAAAAUGGCGAAAAGAGGAAGAAAGACAAAACAUGGAAAGAGGACACAAGCCGAGGAGACUGCGGAGGCAACAGGGAACACCAGCAAAACCUCCGCGACUGUCCCCAUGCCUGAUGUAGGCCUAUCUUAUGAACAAUUAACCGCUAUUACACAGUUAUUAGAGGAGGACACAGAUGAAGAGCAGGAAAGAGAACUCAAGAACACUGCACUGAGGGAGAUGAUUAGAAAAGGGCUGAAGAUAAUGAUGGAACCUACGACAUCAGAAAUUGUACAGAAGCAUCUCCCCUCUGCACCCAAGAUUGUUGAGAAGGUGAAGGCCUUUGACCAGCAGUUGGCUGAGGAGAUGCUGAAAAAAGUGUUUGACAUGGUGGAGGUGAUGUUCAUCGAGCUGAUCACCAAAGACGAGAUCAGCAAAGAUUUCUCCUCCAUUUUCCUCAUGCCCGAAAACAAAGGGCAGGGAGAACAACAGUGUCUCCCCAAGAAGAUGGAGGAGUGGACCCUAGACCAAUACAAGCUCCUGAUAACACGUCUCACCGGUCACGUCACUAUCAUCAUGCUGGACCACCUGAUGCACACCUGUAAAAAUGACCUGACCAAUGACGCUAAGCUGUGGAAGGUAGGCUUCACCAAACCAGUCUACCUGCUCACGCACAACUUGGCAAUGCAGGCUGCCAACACAGCUUACCACAACAAGUUUAAAGAUUACUUGAAGCCUGGCAAAAGGAGCAAGCCGUUCUGUUUACCAGGCAAAGCCUCACUUGUAUCAGCACCUGCACUGACGUCUCCGUCUGGAGCAGCUUCUCGAGAGGCUACUGGGUCGGCCUCCAAACCUUCAAGUAGCAACCAACAGGCCCCUGCUACUACACCAGCCUCAAGACCUGCCCAAACAGCAUCCAGGCCUCAGUCAGCAGCAGCACAGAAGUCUGCCUCUGUGGCCUCCAGAUCUCUGUGUAGCAACCAGCAGGCCCCUGCUACUACACCAGCCUCAAGACCUGCCCAAACAGCCCCCAAGCCAGCAGCAGCACAGCAAUCUACCUCUGUGGCCUCCAGAUCUCCAUGUAGCAACCAACAGUCGUCUGCUGCCACGCCAGCCUCAAGACCUGCCCAAACAGCCUCCAGGCCUCAGUCCGCAGCUGCACAGCAAACUGCUUCAGUGGCCUCCAGAUCUCCAUGUAGCAACCAACAGCUCUCUGCUGUCACGCCUGCCUCAAGACCUGCCCAAACAGCCCCCAAGCCUCAGUCAGCAGCACAGCAAUCUGCCUCUGUGGCCUCCAGAUCUCCAUGUAGCAACCAACAGCUCUCUGCUGUCACGCCAGCCUCAAGACCUGUCCAAACAGCCUCCAGGCCUCAGUCCGCAGCUGCACAGCAAACUGCUUCAGUGGCCUCCAGAUCUCCAUGUAGCAACCAACAGUUGUCUGCUGCCACGCCAGCCUCAAGACCUGCCCAAACAGCCCCCAAGCCUCAGUCAGCAGCAGCAGCACAGCAAUCAGCCUUUGUGGCCUCUGGAUCUAUCAAACGCCAAAACGUUUCUGCUGCCCCAGUGAGCACCACUGUACCCCCACCAGAGAAGCCUGAGAGGAUUACAAUGAUGGUCAUAGAGGUGGUUCUCAGCUCAAUCAGAGACCUGACCAGACUGGGAAUGCUGCCUGUGAAGAACGAUGCGUAAGAGAGGCACAGCUGCAAAACAAGCAGUUUCUAAUAUGAACAUGGAAUUAAUAUUUUUACAAUUAAAGUAUAACUAACAGAAACGUC